UCCCACCCCACCAAAGGAAAGGAAAGAAAAGAACCCAAUAGCAACUCACUCUUACUACAUUUUCCCACUCUCCAAGGUAUGGCUGAAGAAGGCUCUGAAGGCUCUGUUGCAACCUCUUCUUCCACUCCAAACUGGUGGGAACUUCAUUCUCACCCUCUAUCUUCAUGGAACAACACCACUUCAUGGCACCCUACAAACCCUAAUUCCAAUUCUUCUUGUGAGGAGGAUAUUUCAAUCUCACCUUCAUUCACCAAUGCAUCCAAUCAGUCAGGAAUAAGUGUUGAUUCUUCUCGCCAAUUAGUUGAACCGGCGUCGUCGAGUGAAUUGAUGGGAGAACCUGCAUCAGAUACUCAUCUUUGGAGCCAGGUUUUAUUAAGUGUGAGAAACAGUGGAGAGUUACACACCAGUCAAGAUGUUGGUGACAACUGUUGGGAUCUCACCAACUCUCCAACUUUAAACAACAUGGAAAAACAAUUUACUGGUUAUCAUGGAAGCUUAAUGGAAAACCAAAGGCUAAACAAUUCUUCCAAUUUGGUUAGCAACUGGUCUAUUGCCCCACCAGACCCAGAAGUUGAAAGACCAAUUACUAUGCCAACCUGCAACAUAUCUUUAAACAAUUCUUCCAUGAACCAGUAUUCAGAACCUGAUUUUCCUCAGAUGAAGCAAAACAUUCCCAACUCAUCUUCAUACUUAGUGGAAGGGAAUAGAGGUUCUAGUUUCUUUCCAUGCUAUGGAAAUGAUUUGAAAGUGGAGAACCAACAAGAGAUUGAAUCCUCUAGGGCUUCAUUUCAAAGGCCAUUUAACAAUAAUGGUGUUGCUGGGUAUCAGAUUAACAACUCAAGUAUGGGAGACAACAACAACAAAUAUUACUAUGGAAUUUCUGAUGCACCAUUGGCUAGCACAAGGAACCUUCUUUCUUUUAGUGGCUGUUUAAGCAAGCCCUUAAUGGAUUUUCAGGCUUCUAAAUCUAGUCUAAAAGCCUUGAAUUCACCCAAAAGUGAGAAACAAGGGAAAGACUCAUCUUCUUCAUUGAUGCAGGCUAAGGGAAAUGGGAGGGGAACAGGAAUUACAAAUGAUGGGAAGAAGAAAAGAACUGAAGACACAUCAGAAACUCUCUUUAAAAAGCCAAAGCAUGAGAGCUCCACAACCUCAUCUGUAAAGAUACAACCACCUAAAGUCAAGUUGGGAGAUAGGAUCACAGCCCUACAACAAAUUGUGUCACCUUUUGGGAAGACUGAUACUGCAUCUGUCCUGUUGGAAGCAAUUGGGUAUAUAAAAUUUCUCCAAGAGCAAGUGCAGCUAUUGAGUGACCCAUAUAUGAAAUCAAAUGCAAACAAGGAUCCUUGGGGAAACUUGGAGAGGAAAGAUAAAGGAGAAUCAAAGCUGGAUUUGAAGAGUAGAGGCCUUUGUUUAGUUCCUAUUUCCUGUACUCCUCAAGUUUAUCAUGAAAAUACAGGAUCAGAUUACUUAACACCAGCAUAUAGAGGAUGUUUAUAUAGAUGAAAAAUAUAUAUAUGUAUCAACAGAUAUAUGUUGGAACUUAAAAUCUGGUUAAUU